AUGGAAUUCGCGCAUUGGCGUCCGAUUGGCAGGGGCGAUCCUUUACAAAAUGACCCCACCUUCGACUAUGUUCCUCCGGUAUUAGAGCGUGUUCGGUAUUGGGCUUCGAGCGACGAACGAAACGAGCCUAAAUCUCAUCUACCUGAAGAGGAUCAAAGCCAAAAAUAUCACUUUCCACACCAGGAAUUAAGAAGCACAUAUCUCGAUGAAGAUGGCCCGAGCAAUCGAGAAGAUGAUGCACUGGAGAGUAGAGCAACAGUCAUUAGACGAAAAGAUACAAUCAAUUCUGGUCCAGGUUUUAUGAGAUUUGUGGACGCACCUCGAUUCAGGCCCAGGCCAAUGCAUAAACGACCUAUGCCAGCUACUAUUUUGAUGCCGCCUCCUGCAAUAAAGAAACAGGUUUCGAAACCAGCUCAGGCGAACGCUCUUUGGGUUGAUGAUCCGAGCAUUUGGCUCAGUCCGCCGCCCGUUGGAGGCACGACCGUUGCUUUUACCAAAAUCACCACGGUCAAAAAUGACGGAGUCGAGGUUAUACCUUCAAAAGAAAUUGUGGUGGACUCAUCAACACCAUUGACAACCUCUGAAACCUAUGUGACAGAUUCGAUUGCGGAGGAAUCGAUGCUCCAACCACAAUCAACUUUGAUACCGAACAACCUAAAUGCAUUGAAAACUUUGUUGCAGAAAGAAGCAGAAGUCACUACUACUUCUAAAGAUGUAGAAAUGCAAACGACAGACAAGACUUUUGAAACUACUUUAAAUACAGAUGUAUCCGACAAAUCGCCUUCUACAUCGCAACAAACUACAGCUUCUUAUGCUACGACAUGGUUUACUAGACCUAGGCCUACAACUACAACUACUGAAGAGCAAAUUUUAGUAGAACAUAGUACAGUGCCAUCUCCUGUGCCCAUGAUAACCCAAAAUUAUAUCAGAACCAGCCCUGCACCUAUCUACACCACCACCAGGCGUCCUACGACAACAACUACUUUCAGGCCACUUAUGAACCUUAUCAUUCAAGGACAUUCUAAGGUAAAAACUUACGGUCUCAUCCAAAACGACAACUCUCUCAUUGCCGAAAACAUCAGGCAUCUUCAUCCAAAACAACCAGGAGUCCAAGAUCAGGAAUUGAUAAAAACAAAACAUCUGCAUGAUAAACACAAGUCUGAAACAAAAACCGAUGGUGUACAGAUUCAACCCAGAGAGGAAGAAGUACAAGAAGAAAACUCCUUUUUCGGAAACAUGUUCGAAAAUAUGGAUUUCGGUUUAGGAUUUUUAUUUAAUGAGGCAAAUAAAGAUGCUAAGAAAUCUGAAAACAAAUAUCGCUUUUUGGAUCAAGAUGAAACAAAGAACGUGGAGGAUGUACAAACAGUACAACACUUGCACUUUGGUAAUGAAGACAAGGAAGAAGUUGAUACUUCAGAAACAUUGGCCAAAAAACGAGAAUCUAUGUUGGUAUCGCUUCAAGGUUUAGUGGAUUCAAAAUCACAAGCCUUAAGUGAUGAUAUCAUAAAUCGACGAGAGAAAAGGAUUGCUCAAACUGAGGUAGAAAAUAAUAAUGCACAAAUAACUUCUAAAUCAUAA